GCAUCCGCCGGGGAGCGGCCGCGGCGGGGCGGGAUGUCGGCGGCGCCGGCGCUGGAGCGGCCGCAGGUGGUGUCGCACGCCCAGCAGGCGCUGAGCUACACCGUGUUCGACUGCAAGUGGGUGCCCCGCAGCGCCCGCCUGCUGUGCCUGGGCAGCGCCGCCCGCGGCACCGGCCUCGUCCAGCUGUACGAGCUGCGAGGGGCCCGCCUGGAGCUGCUGCGGGAGAUUGAAAAGCCCAAACCUAUAAAAUGUGGAACUUUUGGAGCUACAUCUCUGCAGCAAAGAUACUUAGCUACAGGAGAUUUCGAUGGAAACCUUAACAUAUGGAAUUUAGAAGCUCCUGAAAUACCAGUGUAUUCUGUGAAAGGUCAUAAGGAAAUCAUAAACAGUAUAGAUGGUGUAGGUGGCUUAGGAAUUGGGGAAGGUGCACCAGAAAUUGUGACUGGCAGUCGAGAUGGAACUGUGAAGGUGUGGGACCCGAGGCAGAAAGACACUCCUGUGGCUAAUAUGGAACCUGUACAGGGGGAGAGCAAAAGAGACUGCUGGACAGUGGCAUUUGGCAAUGCUUACAACCAAGAGGAACGUGUUGUAUGUGCUGGAUACGACAAUGGGGACAUUAAAUUGUUUGAUUUAAAAUCCAUGUCACUGCGGUGGGAGACCAACAUUAAGAAUGGGGUUUGCAGUGUGGAGUUUGACAGAAAAGACAUAAAUAUGAACAAGCUGGUGGCCACAUCGCUUGAGGGAAAAUUCCAUGUUUUUGAUAUGAGAACUCAGCAUCCAACCAAAGGUUUUGCUUCUGUUUCAGAGAAGGCACAAAAAUCUACCAUAUGGCAGGUCAGGCACCUGCCACAGAACAGAGAUAUAUUUAUGACAAGUGGAGGAUCUGGGAGCCUUCAUCUCUGGAAAUACGAGUACCCGGCUCAGCGCUCCAAGAAGGAUUCGGAAGGAGCCGAGAUGGGGGUGGCAGGGUCUGUCAGUCUCUUGCAGAACGUGACUCUGUCAACACAGCCCAUCUCCAGCCUGGACUGGAGCCCUGACAAAAAGGGACUGUGUGUUUGUGGGGCCUUUGACCAAACUGUGAGGGUGCUGAUAGUUACAAAGCUUAACAAAAUUUGACAGCAAAACUACGGUUUCUGACAAGAAAGCAGCAGAGUUUGCAGGCUGUAAAUAUGGGAUGGGGAGCCCUUCUGUUUCUAAUUUAAUUUCUCCCUUAAUAAAACUGGAUUAAAGAAAUAGAAACCAGAUCUUUCUAUUGAAAGUUCAGAUAUGUGCAGUUAAGAGUUGUUUGACUGAUUGUGCUGUGAUGACUUGAAGUUGCCUGGGCACAAAACUUUUACCUUCUAGAAAUGUGAAUUUACACUAAAAGUAAAAUGUGCCUUUGUGUUAAUGCAACUCUGUAAUUUCAGAGUUCACUUUAGUUUGUGUUCAGUUUAUCCAUAGUGCAAAUCUCUUCACUCUUGUUAAAUGAUUUGGCUUUUUUAUAUAUAGUAUUGCCCAUGUGCAUUCAUGCAAUGGGAACUACUGUAUAGUCCCUCAGAGAAACUCCUUGUGUUAUUGGAUUUAUUAAUUAGAAUGUUUGUUAAAGUGACUUAGGAUUCUUUAAUACACUAGAGAAAUUACAACAAAUGCUGAAAUUAAACUCAUGUUUAAUGGAGUAAGGUUUUUAUUGAAGUUCAUACAGGAAUUAAACUAUCAAGGAAAAUGCACUGUUUUAUUAUUUUAGUUUGGUUUCAUAAUAAGUUUUUAUGUUCUGUUGUUUUUACCUCUGUUUGCAACUUGGUAUUCUGCAAAUAAAGUUAUACGGAGUGUUGUCUUAAUAUGAA